ACCAGUGACGUAUCAAUACCAAGACUGCGUUACCUUGGAAGUGCGUCAAAACAAAACUAACUUUCCUUAUCACUUUGUGUAGGCAGAGGAUGGUCGGAACAAGGAAGGAUGCAUGUUUCAGCGCUGUUGUGCUGUGAAAUAUUGGGAUUCAUCCUUCACUAUUUUCCUUCUGUCUGCGGAUAUUGCCUUGACAACGUUGCCAGUGGAAAACCUGCUGUCCAGAGUGCUGUUGGGUUCUCAGGUGUGCCGAGUCGAGCCGUGGACGGAAAUGGGGAAGUUAAAUGGGGUGGUUCAUCUUGUACGUACAGCCCUGCAACCAGUAGUCAUCCACUGGCUUGGUGGCGGGUGGAUCUGCAGAAGGUCAUAAACAUCGAGGCGGUCACACUCGUUAACAGGGGAUUCAGCGAAAAGGACUGGCGUCUUCACGACUUUGACAUUGAAAUAUUCUCAGCUGAUCCAGUUGAGAGCCCUGCUGCAAAUGGUCAGAUGUGUUUUUCCUUCUUUGGGGAAUUUGGGAGUGCAGUUACAGAAACUCUCAGAUGCAUGUAUCCCGUUGAGGGGCGCUAUGUCCGGAUAAAGAAGAGGCAGAAUCUGAAUAGUCAGGACAGGCUAACCUUGUGUGAAGUGGCAGUCCACCCAAAGAUAAAUGAAAAUAACUGCAGUUUCGGUCAGAGGUCCCCGUCCACCUUUGUGCCCUACACAGAGAUGUAUCACACGACCAGACCCAGGCAUGAAAUCAUCGGCAGCUUGAAGACCUGCAUGAUUGAAUGUACGAUGAUGUGGGCAUGUGAUGGCUUUAACUUUAAUAGCCUUGACAGCAGCAAUCUCAAUGGAACAUGUGAGUUUGUGGCUAUGUCACUGGCAAAACUAUACGGCAAAUCAGGAUGGACAUAUUACAAGGCCAUCUGUUCCGAAACUCAAGCACAAUACGUGUAGGAAUUGAUGCAUUGGUGCGGCUGCUCAACUCUGCAGUGUGCAAUUGGUAAGGUGACUAAUCAUAACUGUUGAGAUAUAGCCUUGCAAACAUACAAAUCGGCUGUUAAUGUUCGUCACUGUCAGUAACAAAACUCACAUAUUGAGCACAUGGAAAUCUUGGCCAACAGAAGGAAAACUAGGAUGUGAAUAAAGUCUUUGAAUGGCAUAUAGAAGUGAUACACUUAAGGAACAGAUGUCAACACUUUUAUUUUGAGGACCACAGCAUUUGGAGUAUAUACUUACUCCUUCAGGUAAUACGUGAGUAAGUAUGAAGGAGUAAGUAUAUUCUCCGAAACGUUUUGUUUCUCAUAAUGACGAAGCUGACAUCCUUAUUUUCUCUUCCUUAGGAUAUGAAUGUUGUAUUUCAUGUAUUUGUUUCAACUAAUUGGCAGCUUACGUGUUUGUUUGUUUGUUGUUUAGCUCCUCACUAAGAUGUGUUCUUGUAACAUGACAGGUGUCUGUAUAAUUAUUGAAACCGAAACCGAAAAUCCAGUUAUUGACAAGUUAUGAUAUUUUAAGACACACAUAU